GCAAACUCAUUCACAUUUCCAUUAUAAAAAAAGAGAACAAGAAUUUUUUUUUAAAAGAAAAAGAUAAUAACAAUGGCAGCAACGACCGCACUUUCAACACUAACAUUAUCUUAUCCUACACCCUCAUCUCCUUAUCCUGCGCACCCGCUCUCCAAAACCACCACCGUCUACUUCCCCUUCGCUACAACAGCCACCACCAUUCUCCCCCGCGCCGCCUCACUCGGCCCUAUCUCCGCCGUCUCAGCGCCGGAGAAGAUCGAGAACCUCGGUGCCGAGAUCUCCGGCCUCACAUUGGAAGAAGCCAAGACUCUCGUGGACUAUCUCCAGGACAAGCUCGGCGUAUCCGCGGCGUCGUUCGCGCCUGCCGCCGUGGUGGCCGCACCGGGCGCAUCAAGCGGCGGAGAAAGCGCGGCUGCGGUGGAGGAGAAAACGGAGUUCGACGUGGUAAUUGAGGAUGUUCCGAGCAACGCGAGAAUCGCAGUAAUCAAAGCGGUGAGAGGAUUGACGAGUUUGGCGCUGAAGGAAGCGAAGGAAUUGAUCGAAGGUUUGCCGAAGAAGUUCAAAGAAGGAGUUUCGAAGGAAGAAGCUGAAGAAGCUAAGAAGCAACUUGAAGAAGCUGGUGCUAAGAUCUCAAUCGCUUAGUUU